GCGUCACCGCCUUCCAACGUGAUGGCGUCAUGGCGCCGCAGCGGCGGGCGCUUCCCAUGGCGGCCGCGGUGUCCCUGGACUUGGGGCGGCUGGGGCAGGAGGCCGCGGCGCUGGCGAGCGCGGUGCGGGGCGCGGUCGGGCCGCGCGGGGGGCAGGUGCUCCUGACCGGCCCGACGGGAGAGACGCUGCUCACGCGGGACGGGAGGCGAGUGCUGGAGGCGCUGAACCUCGGCCCGCCCACGGCCAGAAUGAUGGUAGCUUGUGUCUCCAGGCACCACAGCAUGACUGGAGAUGGUGCUAAAACAUUCAUCAUCCUAUUGUCCAAAUUACUCAGAGGACUUCAAGCAAUUCUUGAUAAAAGAGAAGGAUCUCCAUUUUGUGAGGAUAUUCAAAGGAGAGAUGGAUAUCAAAAACAUUGUCACAGUCUGAAGCAAAUAUCUCAGUCUCUUACGACAUUUCAGACUCAGAUAUUGGACCACAUCAUGGCACAACACCUAAGAAAACAUUUUUUAUCUGCCUUUUCUAGUUGGGAAGGAGAGAUACGUAGGGACACAAUGGAGUCAAUAUUCGAAGCUUACUUUUGUGGAAGAAUAGGAAAUAGUCAUCAGAAGCUUCUUUCCCAGUUGAGUUGUGAUUUUUAUUACAGGUGUAUACCUUUCAAAAAUGGUAGAAAUGAAAUGCUGAAUUUAGUGAAUGAAUAUUUUGUAGAAUUGCAUUCUGCUGUAACAGGUCUUCCUGUUUCAGAUUCCAGGAUCUUAGAGGGACUUGUUCUUCACAGAGAUUUUGCUGUGUAUUGUCCAGCAGAUGGGGACAUAAGAAUGUUAAUUGUAACAGAAUCAAUCCACUCUGCUCUUUCUGCCUCUGGUUUAGAGUUUGUUGUAAAUGCAGAAGUUCAGUGUCAAGCUUCCCAAGUCUGGAUUACAAAAAGAACAGAAGCUAUAAUGAAACACUUGAAGAACAACAAUAUAAAAGUAUUGUUGUCAAGUGUGAAACAACAGGAAAUAGUUAGUUACUACGCAAAAAUAAGUGGUAUAUCUAUUGUAGAGUGUUUAUCGUCAGAAGAAAUCUCUCUUCUCUGCAAGACCACAGGUAUCUCACCUUUUAUACCUACUCGGGACAAUAUACGUGGUGAGAUCACUGAAACCAUGAUAGCAAAAUUUUGUCAGCCUCUUGUACUUGGCUCCAAGAGAUAUGUUCAUCUUGGUUUGACAAGGACAUGUGCCUUUCAGCCACAUUGUGUAAUCUUUUGUGGACCAAUGCAUGGUGUCACUGAACUGCAUGCCUCUGCUUUUCAUGGAGCAUUUAAAAUGUUACAGCAACUAUUUAAAGCAGUUGAUCUGAGUUACAGAUGUAAAGCACAACCUGAAAACCCAAAUAAUGCAUCAAAAGCUGUACAUUGUAGUUGGCAACAUUCAGCUACUCAACCAAAACUCAUAAUGGAGAAUAUUUCUUGUAAUAGGGAAAAGGUCAAUGACCAACAACUGAAAACAUCUAUGGCUGAAACAGAAAAACAGUUUAUAGACUCUUCAUCAUGUAAUGAAACAGACUUGCAAAAAUCAUCAGUCCUAGCCAUGCCCAUUGUAGAAUUAGAGAGUGAUCAUAUGUUUUCAGCUCUAAUUGACAGAGGUAGUUCUGUAAGAGAGUUACAGAAACCGCCACUGAAAUGCAAGCAUCCAAGUGAAAUGUGGGUAAAGAAUAAGAGUGAGCCAGUUGUCAACAACCACAGGAUUUGUAAUGAUGCUAUGACAGCUAUAGAAAACACCAGUACAUCAGUUGUGUCCAAACAGCUGAACGCUGCUAAGGAGUACUGGAAACCAGGCAAUCGUAUAAUUCCAUUUAAGUAUGAGAAGAGUUAUAAACACACAGUCCAAAGUUGCACCAAUUUGGUCAUACAGGCAGGAUCAGUUUUGCCAGUUGGAGGUAACUUUGAGAUCCUGUUACAUUAUUAUCUCCAUUCCUAUGCAAAACAAUGCCAACAACCAAAAAUAGCUGUUCUUUCUACUGUAAUUGCUGAUGCAUUGCUAAGCAUUCCAAAAAUCCUUUACAAGACAACAAAAGAGAACAGUUUUACUCAGGUCUAUUUCAAAGCCAUUACUGCCCUUCAAACUAAUCAGCAGCUGCCCAUGCAUAACCAAGGUCUAGAAUCAGUGUAUUGUAAAUAUCAGUUAGUAGCUUCUGUUCUUCAUUGUGUUACAAACCUUCUCACUAUUGAUUUAAUAAUUGGUAUUAGGAGACUACCUCAAAAGACUGAGGUUAAUGAUUCAGAAGAAGAUUUGUGAAAACAAUGUUUUUGUUUCUCCUAUGUUGUUACCGGAAGUUUUUGAUUCAAUUAUAUUAAGCCAAUGAUGUUACUUUAGAAACACUGCUUUUAAUUUAAAACCUUUAUUUCCAAUUUGUCUAUUUCGGUAUGAAAGGUUAUGGCCUGCCCAAGUGAUUUUCCCGGAAAAGUAGCAGCCAGCUAACUUUCCUUUGGAGGACAUGGAUACAGCCCUCCUAGAAUAGACAACAAACAAAUUAUUUGAAAAUACAAAUAUUUAUUUAGAAGUGAAUAGUUACAGUAAAGAGGAGAGAGAGAGGUACAGUAACUCCUCACUUAAAGUCGUUCUGGUUAACGUUUUGUUAUGUUGCUGAUCAAUUAGAGAACAUGAUAGUUUAAAGUUGCGCAAUGCUCCCUUAUAAUGUCAUUUGGCAGCUGCCUGCUUUAUCCACUGCUCGCAGGAAGAGCAGCCCCUUGGAGCUAGCUGGUGGGGGCUUGGAACCAGGGUGGACCGGCAGCCCCCUUAUCUGCUGCCUGCUGCCCACUCCCCUAAGUUCCCUGUGCAGCAGCUGCCCAGCAGGCUAUCAACUGUCCCUCCUGCUGUCCCACUGCCAUAUGCUGCUCCUGCCCUCUGCCUUGGACCUGCUUUCCACUUGCCAUGCUGGGGCGGGAGGGGAAAGAGAGGGGCUAAUGUCAGGGUGUCCCCCUGCUCCUGUACCCCGCUUAUCGCAUUUCCAUAGAGCGGGGGGGACACCACAAGGCUCAGGACAGAGGGAGCUUCCUGGCAGGAGCUUCUGUCUCAACUUGCUGAUAUACUUUAAAAAGGCAGUGUACUUAGAGUGGGGUCAGCGUACAUAAAGGGGCAAUGCGAAUAUCUCUCUGUGUUGCGCGCACACACACACACGUGUGUCUCUGUCUGCCAUGCUGUCUCUGCUCCCUCCAUUCGUGUUGCCUUAUAGAAUGUGAGGCUACAUUAACAACAAUGGGUUGACCCUUGAGUGCUCAGCUGAUUGCGAGAUCAUCAUUUAGCGGUAAGGCAUUCCCCUGGGAAGGAUCCCACCUUCUGACUUCACCAUCUCCAUCAAUCUUCACAAUCAUCAUUGCAGUGUAGCAGUAUUAAAUUGUUUAAAACUU